AAUUAAGGAUUAAUGUGUGAGUGUGCAAAUUAAGGUUUGGUAUACAUUUUUAUAUGUUUUAUAUAUUUAUAUUUCUCUUGGUUAUUUAAAAGAAAAAUGAGUGAGAUAUAUUUAGCGAUAUAUUCUAUAGCAGACUUAUGUCUUGCUCCGAUAGAAACAAUAGUAACUUUGUUUACUAUAAAGUAUUGUGAAUCCUCGAUUAAUAUCAAGCUAAUACCAAGUAAGCAAGACUUAGCUGAACAAGCAUAUACGAUAGAUCUAUCAAAUUUUGUUUAUGAAGUUGUAAAUAUUGAUGAAAUACCUUGUUAUGCAAACUCGUGUGAAUUGCCAAAUGUCUCCUUAAAUGAAGGUAGCUGUAUGGCUGGUUUGUGCACAGUCUUGAGGCAGAUUGUAAAAAGUGCAAGUUCAUAUUCAAUGCAUUACUCUAAUAAAUUGUUGGGAUUUAAAGGUUCCUGCUUGAUGGCCUGUUCUGAAGCAAGCGUGUGGACUAAAUUUUGUGAAAUUGAUUUGAUUUUAAGUCUAAAGUCUUUACAUACAAAAGAUAUGGAAAAAGCUGAAUUGCCCACUAGUUUAGCCAGGUUUGAAUGUCAUAUGUCUCAACCAGUUAGGUUGCAUAAUCUGUACAAGUAUACAAUGUGCAAAAAGUUUGCUGCGCUCAAUAUAGCUAUACAGGAUGAAACAGGUUUGCCAGAACACACGUACGCAGAAGGCGCAUGUAUUACAUUAUCCGAUAUAAUCAUAUUUGUAUGUAUUCACAUUCUAUUGAAUACAUUUUCAAGCCAGACGAUAUCAAAAUUGGUACCUUUAACAGCCAAGUGGUAUGAAAGAAUGCUGGCAGAUCAGUUCAUAAUAAAAUGCUUAAGUUGCCUGCCUUUAUUGAAGAACCAUACUUUAAGCACACUCCAAUACACACUUCCGACUGUAGUAAAUGAGAGUUUAUAUAAGAGUGAUCCUAAGCGAUACAAGCCAAGAAAUCGUAUUUACACGAGGCAAGAGGAUAUAGAACAUUCGUUGCAGUUGGUUAAAGACAUGAACAUUUCAAUGGCUCUCGACGUUGAACCGUUUGGUGCAGAAGUAGAUUUGGAUUGGUCUGUUGUGCCUUUCGACGCCACACCAGAAGGUGGUUCAUUGCCACCCGCAAGAUUGCAACGGAAGCAAGAGCAACUGCAGAACUUGUGUAAAUCCGUCUUGAAAUUGGCAAAAGCCGGAGACACUAUCGUCGAUUUCUGCUCUGGCAGUGGACAUUUGGGAAUCCUGAUAGCGUACUUAUUGCCUCGCUGUACAAUUAUUUUGCUGGAGAAUAAAGAAGAGUCAUUGAGUAGAGCCAAGAAGCGGGUGGAAAAAUUGAAACUGACGAAUGUUAAGUUUUGCCAGUCCAACUUGGAUUACUUCAAGGGAGAUUUCAACAUCGGCACAUCAUUACACGCCUGCGGCUUGGCAACGGAUUUGGUCAUACAACGUUGCAUACGAAAGAACGCAAUUUUCGUUAGCUGUCCAUGCUGCUACGGCUCGCUGCAAGAUAGUCAUCAGUUAACGUAUCCGCGAAGUGAUGUUUUUAAAGAGUAUGUUAAUAACAAAGAGUAUUCGUUUUUAAGUCAUGCCGCCGAUCAGACGCACGAUGAAAAAAAUAUUAAGACCAAGCAAGGCUACAGAUGCAUGACGAUUAUAGAUAUGGAUAGAAAGUUGUAUGCUGAACAAUUUGGGUAUGAAGUUCAUCUUGCGAAACUAGUACCAGAAACAUGUACGCUUAAAAAUCAUUUGUUAGUUGGUAUACCAAAAGAUAAGUUGAUGCGCGGCGAUGCGUGUGAAAAUUAAUCGGUUUUCUGGAUAUAUCACAUUCUUUUCCAAAUAAAUGAUAAAUUUACAUUGAGA